AUGGAACACGAACGCGAAACGCUCGCGGACAUCGGGCACCCGCGCGGUUUUCCCGCCAACGCGAUCGGGGUCGCGCCAAAGCGCCACAAAGCGACGCUACCCGCUCAUGCGUGCGUCCGCCAUUUCCUUCGUCUCACGUGUUCGCUACGACGUGUAAAUCUCCGGCGCGAUACAAACACCACGGCAAACGCCCGCAAGCUGGGCGUGCGCAAAUAUUUGGUGCGCUAU